CACAUAUUAAGUUAUAAUAACCCCCCCUCCUCUCUGCGGGCUCCCGCAGCAUCCGUCGUCGUUGUUCCAAUGUUCCUCCUCCCUCCCGUUUCCAGUUUCAACCGCUUCCUCUCUGUGAAUAAAACAAACAAACAACACCUGAGGGAAUCUAUAUAUAUAGGCACCAAGUCACACACACACACACACACAGAGAAAGCGAGAGAGAGAGAGAUACAAAAGAUACAAAGAAGAAAGCCGAAAUGGAGAAGGAGAUGGCGGAGGACCUGAUACCGGGGCUCCCGCAGGAGGUGGCGCGCGAGUGCCUCAUCCGCGUGCCGUACGACCGCCUGCCCGCGGGCCGCUCCGUGUGCCGCGCCUGGAGGCGCGAGCUCGGGUCGGCGGCCUACCACCGCCUCCGCAAGCGGGCCGGCUCGGCCCGGCCCAUCCUGGCCCUGGCCCAGGCCGAGACGGAGGCCUCGUCCCUGUCCUUCUCCGGCCCGGCCCACAAGUACGGCGCCGCCCCGCUCUCGUCGGCGUACGGCGUCUCCCUCUUGGACCCCUCCGCCGGCUCCUGGGCCAAGCUGCCGCCCAUCCCGGGCCUCCCCCGCGGCCUCCCGCUGUUCUGCCGCCUCGCCGCCGUGGGGACCCAGCUGGUGGUCCUCGGCGGCUGGGACCCGGACACGUGGGCCCCCUCCGACGCCGUCCACGUCUACGACUUCCUCUCCGGCGCCUGGCGCCGCGGCGCCCCCAUCCCGGGCCCGCGCCGCUCCUUCUUCGCCUGCGCCGCCGCGCCCCUCGAAAGCACGGUGUACGUGGCGGGGGGCCACGACGAGGAGAAGAACGCGCUGCGGUCCGCGCUGGCGUACGACGCGGCGGCCGACGAGUGGGCGCCGCUCCCCGACAUGGCGCGGGAGCGGGACGAGCCGCGCGGCGUGCUCCUGCGGGGGAGCUUCUGCGUGGUGGGCGGGUACGCCACGGAGGCGCAGGGCCGCUUCGGGCGCUCCGCCGAGGCCUUCGACCCGGCCGCGUGUCCGAGGACGUGCGCCGCGGACGUCUCGGGGAGGAUGUACAUGGUGCGGGCCCCCGGGGGCCACGUGGCGGUGCGGGAGGGGGACGCGUGGAGGGUUGCGGCGGAGGUCCCCGAGGAGGCGCGGGUGGUGGGGGCGGUGGUGGCGGCGGGGGAGGGGAGGGUGGUGGUGUUGGGCUCCGGGCCCGGGCCCCACGCCGGGGGACUCUUCGCGUGCGUGUUGGAGGAGGAGGAGGAGGAGGAGAAACAGAGCAAUGAGGGUGAAGCGAAGGGCGCCACGUGGACGAAGAUGGAGGCCCCAAAGGAAUUCUCCGGACACAUCCAGGACGCUUGCUGUGUUGUCAUCUGAUUCGCAAAUCUAAAAUUUGGCUUAGAUUUUGCAUCUUCUUUUUUUUCUUUUCUUUUCUUUCUUUUUGCACAUAAUCUCAGAGGCUUUGGUUUUCCGCUUAUAUAUAUAAAUAUAUAUAUAAUAUCAUCAUGAUAUCAAGAGUUAUCCUGCUCGUACACUGUAAUUAGUAGUAGUAGUGAAACGAGUUUUAUUUUCCCACUUGUGCAGGAUGAUCGAGUAAAAAAUUCCUUUUACUUAUAAUUAUUAUAAUUUUCUUUUUUUUUAA